AUGGGAGGCACCGGCCAAAAGCUCGCCGAUGUGGCAACCAUAGUCGGAGGCGUCGCGUCUAUUGUCGCGACUCUGCUCUCCAUGGUGUCAAUAUGGCUCCAAACUAAAAACUAUCGCAAGCCGCUUUUGCAACGUUAUGUUGUACGGAUCCUCCUCAUGGUUCCAAUAUACUCGAUCGCCUCAUGGACUAGCAUGGUUUCACGGACCGCAGCAGCCUUUGUCGACCCCAUCAGAGACAUAUACGAGGCUUUCACCAUCUACACAUUCUUCCAGCUGUUAAUCAACUACUUGGGCGGAGAACGAGCCCUCAUUAUCAUGACCCAUGGUCGCGAGCCGAUCCAUCAUCUCUGGCCGAUGAACCACGUCCUCCCUCAAGUUGAUAUUUCCGAUCCGCAUACCUUCCUCGCCAUAAAGCGGGGCAUCUUGCAAUAUGCAUGGAUGAAGCCAGUUUUGGCCUUAGCGGCUGUUAUCAUGAAAGCAACUGGGAGCUACCAUGAGGGAGACAUCAAACUUAACUCGGGCUAUUUUUGGAGCGGCAUUAUCUACAACAUCAGCGUCACAGUCAGCUUGUACUGUUUGGGCUUGUUCUGGGUAUGCAUGAACAACGACCUAAAGCCUUUCCGACCAAUGCCCAAGUUCCUGUGUGUAAAGGCCAUUAUCUUUGCAUCUUAUUGGCAAGGCUUUGCCCUUGGAAUUCUGGUGUUUCUUGGGGCUUUCCCGAAUGUCGAAGGAUACACACAAGACGGCCUUGCGGCAGCCAUUCAGGACUUCCUCAUCUGUCUCGAGAUGCCAGCCUUUGCCAUUGCUCACUGGUAUGCCUUCUCUUGGCACGACUUUGCCGACAGCAGAGUGUCUGCCGCAAGAAUGCCGGUCAAGUAUGCGAUGAGGGACGCCUUCGGGAUUCGCGACUUGAUCCAGGACUCCAAAGAAACUUUUACGGGUGACAAGUACGGUUACCGUGUCUUUGACUCGGGCGACAAGAUCAUGGCACAUGAGCAGUCGCGGUCGAGACUGGCCAGACUUAAGGAAGGCAUGCGAUAUGAGCGAGGAGGCAAGGGCAAAUAUUGGAUACCAAGACCCGACGAAAUCACUCAGAACACUCCGCUGUUGGGUGCAAACGGCGGCCCGAGCAGGAGGAGCAAUUCGUCCUCUCCGCACCACGAUGAUGCUGACGAGGUUAUACUUGAUCCAGAGGAAGAACAACUCUACGCAGGAGCUAGGAAACUCGAGUUUGGUGACUGGAAUUAUCCCGUCAUUACAGCCAACGAGCCGUGGAAAGAUCGUUAUCGAUCACCUCAUCCUAGUCUCUUCCAAAACACUCCCACUGGGAGCUUCUACAAUCGAUCAUCCUCAAGUAGAAGCUCAGUGCCCACGCUUAACCCCAGGGAUCCUCUCGAAAGGCGCAAGAAGGAGGCACCAGAAGGCCCUGAAGCCCUUCCCAACGACAAGAAGGGCAAAAAGAAGGCAGACCCAAAUGGUCAACGGGCCACGAACUCUACCCCAGACAAGGGCAUGGAUCCCUUGGAGAUCGCAUAUGGCCCCAUGGUGGGCACGACCUCUAAACUUACAGAAGACGAUUUCAGAGUCGACGAUGUCAGCCCUCAUCAUCCGCAUGGCACAUCGCCCGGGCAUGACACCUCACAUGAUCUUGAGGAUGACGGAAAAGGUACCCCGGUCACGGAAGUGUCUAACCACUGGGGUCAUGCUACGGAUACCGAAGGGGAAGAAGAGAGAAGCCCCCACUUUACUGUUGGUGGUGAAGAGGAGUUUCAGAACGUGUGGGGAAGGUGACAUUAUCUUGCUUGAGGCGCUGUUUUUGCUUUUGAGUUUUCUCCUUUGCUUUUUCGAGCUUCCGUGUUGCAGGAAUUAUUUCGGUGUCGAAGAGACCGUGGUAUGGAUGCAUACACUACGGUUACAGGUUCAAUUAAGUUGUGCGGGCGUCGGACUGGCGUUGGCACAGGGCCUAUUGUUUGUUUCGGUAUAGCAAACCUGCAAGUAGAGCAUUCGUAGACAUUAUCUUCAUCUAAGCACACAUAUGG